ACCAACACAGUUGAAAAUGUAGAUUGGUCAGAUCGUCUGAAGUCGCUUCGUCCAUUAUCCAAAGCGAUUUGUGUGUGACACAUUGCGAUUUCUUUUCGCGAGAAUCGGUUUACAGUCGCCAGCCACCGAUACGUUUUGUGCCUUUGGACACAUGCCAGGCGCCAUAAAAUUCUUUUUUAUUUCACUUCUAUUUUAAAAAUAAUUUAAAUGCGAGAGACGAUCGCGAGGAUGAAUUCGCUUGAUCGAAAGUCAACAUGUGAGAGCGGAUUAGAAGAAUCAACCAAGGGUAAUGAAGCUAAGAAAUGAGUUCUUUUCGGUCACCGAUUUGUUCAGCUUUGCUUUCAAAUAAAUUAACUAUUUUUAAUCUUAUCCGCCUGCGCAACACCCGAAUAAAAGAAAGACGAUCGUGUAAUGAAAUGAACCAAGCAGGCAGGCACCUGUCCAAAAAUUGUGUUGAAACUUAAAAAACAAAAAUAUCAAUGUUUGUCUGCUUACUUUUUUAUCCCCAGAGACUCAUAUUCAGUCAGCUGACAUAAAGAAAGAUGCUUUAGACAAAUCUUCUACAUUGCACAAGCUCACUGAUUGGCAUAUUGGCAGCAAUGAAGGAGGGAAAUGAUUUUCUUUUUCUCGUAUUUCCCUAGACAUCUUCAUUUGUCAUCGCCUGAUGAUAAGUCGUAGAACUAAAGUCAUAACAUGUAUUUACGCGUCUCGUCAUCUAAUAAUCUCCAUUGAUGAACAUGCUAGACACGAACUAAACGAUUAGCCCUCGCGGGGAAGUCACAAAUAAAAUUGUUAUUGAGUGAAAAAUGAUUUCUUAUAAAGCUUAUAA